AUGGAGUAUCUUAAAUCCUACGUUACCACCCAUCUCGUUGCCUGUCGUGUCAAUACAGAAAAAGUGUUGGCUGCUCAGGCUUGGCUACACAAGCAGGCUCAAUCCACGUUCAAUGACUUCUCCAGUCCUGAUGGCAGCCAAAAAAUGGAGCAUCUUCAUUCUGGUCAGUUCUUUCUAGUAUCGCCAGUUUGGCUUUGGUCAUGCUACUUUACUUGGCAGCGGCUGCCUGAAUCUGCGUUUCCACUAGGACGUGACUACCAUCCGAGCGAGUUUGACCCAGAAGCUGAGCCGGAGCCUGGUACGCAUCGUUUUGAGCGUCGACUCAGAAGACGCAGCCUGCAUGCUGGAAUUCAACGGAUCCAUCACCAUCACCAUCAUCAUCACCAUCACCACCACCAUCAUCAUCCCCGCCACUAUCAUCACAGCAAACUAAGUCAGCACUCGCUACAGAUGCUAAGUCAACGUCUUUAUGACUCAAAAUCUGACAAUAGUCAACCACUGAGUACGUUGCCAGGCCGUUGCCAUCCUUCAAUCGAGCUCGAUUCUUCGGACAAAUCUUUGCCUAAAGACCAACUCCCUCCCUCUCCAGUUCAACACUCAAGCACUGAUUUUCUUCCUGCCGCUCCUACGAGGUAUUUAAGCGUUAGUAAUUAG